CUUCAUAAACACAUGACCACAAUGUGGCUGAUGUUUUACUGAAGCCGUUAAACACCGGGUGCAUAAAAGCUGACGAGCACAUACGCAAACAUCCUAUAUUAGCUCACUGGGAGAGUGAACAACACAAGCAUUUGGUAGACAACUUAGCUGGAAGAGAGAUGAGAGAAAUGCAGUCUGUGGUCAAACAAAACCUCCAUGCGGAGACUGAAGGAGACGUCAACAAACUCAUCAACCUGAAGCUCAAUGCAUCCUACGCCUACCUUUCUCUGGGGAUGUAUUUUGACAGGGAUGAUGUUGCCCUGCCUAAAUUCUCCACAUUUUUCCUGGAGCGCUCCAUGAAAGAGAGGGAUCAGGCUGAGAAGCUGCUGGAAUAUCAGAACAUUAGAGGCGGCCAAAUUUUGCUUCAGACUAUUGCUAAACCAAGUAGAGAGGAUUGGAGAGGUGGUCUGGAUGCAAUGUCUUUUUCCCUGGACUACCAGAAGGUUCUCAACACUUGUAUCCUUGAUGUGCACCGCAGAGCUGGCACCCAUACUGACCCUCACCUGUGUGACUUUCUCGAGCAGCACUUCCUCCCAGACAGCCACGACACCAUCAAGAAGCUGGGCGAUUACAUUGGCAGUCUGACCCGCAUCACUGCGUCUGAGACACACGGUCCAAUGGGAGAAUACCUCUUUGAUAAACACACACUUUAAAGGUCAAACCGUUACAGUCAAGUAUGCGCAACAUUUUGAAAUGAUGCAUAGUGUCGAGAGCAAAAGUCUCUCUCUUCUCCGUUAAGAAAAGUAUACAAUAUUUUCAGAUUAGCACAAACUUUAUUCUUGUACCAAUGGCACAAAAGAGACUUAAAGCUAAAAAACAGAAAUACCUCAUUUUGUCAUGAAAACCACACUUGAAAAAUAAUGUUCUCAAUAAUGUAGUGUUAAAACCACAUUUUUCUUCAGUUAUUAAAAAAUACUCAUUUGAAUUCAUGUCAUGCAUUCCAGUGUCAGAGGUUUAUUCUUCACAAAUGUUUUUUUAAAUUGAUACUUUUUUGAAAUAAUUGGAGUCAAAGAGUUGAAGAUUUCAAAAAUCAUUGAAUAAAGACCGAUUGUGCUAUA